CACACACCACCACUGUCCUUGUCACGUUCGCUACGGCCGGCCGCGCCAUCCCGUCCCAUCCGCCGUGAUCCCACCACACAGGUCGCUGCCAGUGCCAAUGCCACCUCCGGCUCCAAGAACCAACCACCGCCCGCUUCUCCUCGCCGCCACCUUCCUCUUCUCCCUUCUCCUGCUGCUGCGGCUCAGCUUCCUCUCCGCGCACAAGGCAUCCACCGGUCACCGCGCGCGCGUGCUUCUUGCGGACGGCGGCGAUGCCGAGCACGCGCCCGCCGUGGACCGGCAUUGCGCCGGCACGCUGCACCGGGACGUCUGCGUGUCGACGCUGGCCACCAUCCCGAACCUCGCGCAGAAGCCGCUCCGGGACGUGAUCUCCGAGGUGGUGGGGCGCGCCGCGUCGGCGGUGCGCGCGUCGUCGGCGAACUGCUCGUCUUACCUCCAGCGGUCGCAGCAGCUGCGCGUGCGCGACCGCCUCGCGCUGUCCGACUGCCUCGAGCUGUUCGGGCACACGCUGGACCAGCUCGGGACGGCGGCCGCGGAGCUCUCCGCCGGGAACCGCUCCGCGGAGGAGUCCAUCGCCGGCGUGCAGACCGUGCUGUCGGCGGCAAUGACGAACCAGUACACCUGCCUGGAGGGUUUCGCGGGGCCGUCCGCCUCGGAGGACGGCCGCGUCCGGCCGUACAUCCAGGGCCGCAUCUACCACGUCGCCCACCUGGUCUCCAACUCGCUCGCCAUGGUGCGGCGCCUCCCGCAGCAGCGGCGUGGGCGCGGUCGUGGCCUCCGCUCGAAGGAGCCGCUGGAAGGAUACGGCCGGGUGCGGCGCGGGUUCCCGUCGUGGGUGUCAGGCUCGGACCGGAGGCGGCUGCAGCAGCAGGUGGCGCCGGCGGCGAACGUGGUGGUGGCGAAGGACGGGAGCGGGAACUUCACGACGGUGAGCGAGGCGGUGGCGGCGGCGCCGAACAACAGCGAGACGCGGUACGUGAUAUACAUAAAGGCCGGAGGGUACUUCGAGAACGUGGAGGUCGGGAGCGAGAAGACCAACAUCAUGUUCGUCGGCGACGGCAUGUGGAGGACCGUCAUCAAGGCCAGCCGCAACGUCGUCGACAACUCCACCACCUUCCGCUCCGCCACGCUCGCGGUGGUGGGCACUGGAUUUCUAGCGCGGGACAUAACGGUGGAGAACGCGGCGGGGCCGAGCAAGCACCAGGCGGUGGCGCUGCGGGUGAACGCCGACCUGUCGGCCUUCUACCGGUGCAGCUUCGCGGGGUACCAGGACACCCUCUACGCGCACUCGCUGCGGCAGUUCUACCGCGACUGCGACAUCUACGGCACGGUGGACUUCAUCUUCGGCGACGCCGCCGUGGUGCUCCAGAACUGCAACCUCUACGCGCGCCGCCCGGACCCCAACCAGAAGAACGUGUUCACGGCGCAGGGCCGGGAGGACCCCAACCAGAACACCGGCAUCGCCGUCCAGGGCUGCAAGGUCGCCGCCGCCGCCGACCUCCUCCCCGUGCAGGCCAACUUCUCCUCUUACCUCGGCCGGCCGUGGAAGACGUACUCGCGGACGGUGUUCAUGCUGUCCAAGAUCGAGAGCCUGAUUCACCCCAGGGGCUGGCUCGAGUGGAACGGCAGCUUCGCGCUCGACACGCUCUACUACGCGGAGUACAUGAACCGUGGCCCCGGCGCCGACACGUCGGCGAGGGUCUCGUGGCCGGGCUACCACGUCCUCACCAACGCCUCCGACGCCGCCAACUUCACCGUGCUCAGCUUCGUGCAGGGUGACCUCUGGCUCAACUCCAGCUCCUUCCCCUACAUCUUGGGGUUGAGCUGAAAGUGGGCUUCUUACUGGGGAUCCGGAGAUUUUUGGGGUCAAUAGUUCAUACUGGAAUAAGAUAAGUUCAGCUCAGGUUUGAAAUAAUUUUUUACUAAACCUGGAGCUACCACCACCACAAGUGUUUUAUUACCAGGGUUGAAAGCCUACAAUGGCCGAAGGCUAAUCAUUGGGAGGGGAUAGGUUCAUUGCUUCUGAGAUCUUACUCAUCUCUGAUGUACAACAAGGCACAGUUGCUGGGGCUGAAUUAGAGCAAGUAUAAUAGCAGGCUAUAAACCAGCUAAAUGUUGAUAUGGAAGAGAGAAGGGAGUAGAGAGAGAAUAAACUAGCUAUAAGCUUAUAGCCAGCUCAGACACAAAAACCAAGACACACCAUGUGAGAGAGACAU